AUGUACGGAUUGGCCUUUGAAGCUCUUGAAGCCUGGGUGCUUGAUGAACAUGGUGUCGACACUUGGCAUGCUACUAAAAAGAAAGCUCGAUGCAAUGCAGAAGACAAAGGAUUUGUAUCCCGGACUUCCUAUGAAUACAAGCUGUUUGUGCGGCUUUUAAAAUCACUCUCCUUGUACCUCGAGAAGCCAGCCGAUAAAAUCCUCAGAAAUUUUGGCAACUACAUUGUCGGCUACCUCUUUGCCAGUGAAUACGGUUCAAUUUUGAGGAGUCAAGGGUCGACAAUGCAACAAUGGCUGGCAAAUAUCAACACUUCUAUAGACCACUUCCAGCGAAGUUUUCCGAAAGAAAAAGACCAGAGCAGCAGUCCCGUUUUCUGGUGUGAAGAACGCAAGGAAGAAGAGGGUUCAAUAUUACUCCAUCACUACAACCCACGAGGCAAUGCUUUUGUCCCAUUCGUGGUCGGGUUUUUGGAAGAGUUGGCGACUUUUCACUUUGAUAUUGACAUCAAGAUGGAACUGCUAAACCUUCAGAACAGCGGUGAUGCCAAAUAUUCCACUUGGAUGAUCAAGGCUGCUGAUCCAACGCAUAAUUGGAAGAUCACGCCCAGUGUACCAAAAGAAACGAGCAACAUGGAUAGGCUAUUAGGCUUGACCGACAACGAUCUUCCCGUCGUGGGGUGCCCAUUCGUCGAAAAUGACGGAAACCACGCUGUGACAACUCGCCCUACAACCGAACCUAGAUCAAAUAUCGGAAGCAAUGAAGCACUCACAGUAAACAGACUUAGGCAGGUCUUUCCUUUUCACGUGGUGGUGGAUCGAGACUUUACCGUUGUUCAAGUUGGAUCCAAGCUGCCAGUUGUUUUAAAGACAAGUCCUUCAGAACUUUGCGGCACGCACAUUAGAGAACUUUUUGAAGUAUUGCGACCAAAAAUGGCAUUUGGUUGGGACUGGAAUGUUUUGGAUAAGUUAUGGGAUCAAACCUUCCUCAUGAAGCCAAUUACCGAUGGGUUACAAUCAGUGCACGAGGACACAGAUAUACUCUUCAAUUCAUCUUUGCUGACUCUGUCAACGCAACUCGUCAUGUUCUCCUUGCGACCCAAUAUGAGGGAGAUUGAUAAUCUAAAACGAAGGGGAUUGACACUUUCAGACAUGUCGAAUGUUACAUCCGAACGAGAUGCUGUGUUCUUGGGAGAAUAUGUAUCGAGGGAGGCGGGGAAAACACUCGCACUAGAGAGGUUAAGCAGAGACCUUAGAGCAGAACAGAAACUGUCGGAAACACUACUGUAUAACUUGCUUCCCAAAAACGUUGCCAGAGACCUUCGAAAUGGGAAGACGGUGGAACCGAGGUACUACGAACAUGUCACGCUUUUCUUCUCUGAUGUAGAAGGCUUUACGUCGCUCUGUGAUCAAAUUCAACCUUGGGAUGUCAUUGAUAUGAUGAACCAGCUCUAUUCUGUCAUGGAUUUCCUUGCCAAGCACUUCAAAUUGUAUAAAGUUGAAACAGUCGGUGAUGCAUAUGUCUGUGCGUCUGGACUGCCGGAAGAGGACGAAUCUCAUGGGGAAAGAAUUGCCAACUUCGCGUUGGCUGUCUUGGAAUGCACCAAACAUGUCAAGUCACCGCUGACAGGAGAAGCAGUCAAACUUAGAAUUGGUAUCCACACAGGAAGUUGUACGGCUGGAGUUGUCGGAACAUUGACGCCUCACUACUGUCUCUUUGGAGAUAUGGUGAAUUUCACAGCUCGACAUGAAACAAGCGGUACGCCAGGCAGAAUUCAUUGUUCCAAUGAUCUGCAUGAACUCUUGAAGUCGCGGUCGCCGGCUGGUGCACAACAGUAUCGCUUCAAACCACGAGGACUGGUCGACAUGAAGGGGAAAGGAGAAUAUCUUACUCAUUGGCUUGAGCGUGGUACAGAGAAUAACUAUGCUGCAAAUCCCGGUUCCUUGCUGACACUCUCCAACAAAGUAAGGAAAAGAAUAUCGUCCAAAAAGUGGAAGAUGAGGAAAUACUUCCAAAAACAGCAGCCACAAAAAAGCAGCAGAUCGCUUGAUUUAUCCAUUCACUCUGGUGAUCCUUCGUGCAUGAGUAGUGUGGCGAGUGAAGGGACAAAUUCCAUCACACUGAAUAGUCGGACUAGUUUCAAUGACAAUGAUAAUCAAGAGCAAAAGGGGGCUGAAAUACAGCACGAAAACAUCCUGAAUUAUUCCGAGGAGCUGCCAAAGGAUGCCCAAGAAUGGAGAGAGCUCCACUUUGAUAUCUUCCUCCCAGAAGAUGAUUUGGUCUCUGAGAUUUUUGGUAUACUUUUUUCGAAACUGAACAAAUGCAUCGAAAAGGGCGGGAGACGACUCAAGAUUAUCAAGGAUCAGCUUAGGUCAUAUGUACAAGCCAUUGUCGACCUCUACAACAGUGACAGCGUUUACCACAGCUUGCGCUACGCCGCUGAAGCAAUGAACCGGGCGGCAUUUUUGAUGGACCGCCGAUCGGAAGUCGAGAAGAAGGAUCCAUGGGAUGUUUUUAUGAUGGUAUUCGCCAUCUUUGUGCGUGACAUCCACCACUUAGAUAUUUCAGAUGACCAAUUGGAGCAUGAACGCCACUAUCUCGUCUCACAUUACAGAGGCAAAGGUGCCUAUCAGCAAAGGAGGUCUUUGGAUGCGGCACUUGAAAUUCUUGAGGACGACUUUCAGCAGCUCUACGACGAAAUCUUUCUAGGAUGCCCAACUUUCCGCCGAGGAGUGAAGAAGUUGGCUGUGGCUUCCGCAGAGAUUGAAAGCGAAAGCAGGCUCAAGGGAAUGCUAUCAAGAUUUGAUUCCCAUCAAGACAAACCAAGUGCUCGAGUCCGAACAGUUCAACAUGAAAGUGACGACGUUCUAGCGAUGUUUCUUGCACUUGCUACGAUGGGCCACUACUGCCAAUCUCAUGAUUUGUUCCUGCAUUGGAAUCAAUUGCAACUGAUGUCGCAGCUACAUUGCUUCGAAAAUGAUAAACGAUCAACAGAUCCUUGCAAAAGCUGGCACAAGGAACAAACCUUGAUCUUCAAAAAUACCAUCGAACCGAUAGUCGCCCGUGUUGAGAAGCUUCUACCACAAAAUUCCUGGCUUCGAUUUGGUUUCACGAAUAAUUUGUCUUUGUGGGAGAGAGACGGAAGAGAGUGGGUCUCGUCCAGUUUGAUUCCUGAAGCCAGGGUCACUGCAGCUCCGUGGGCACACAAUUCUGACAUGAUAUCUUCAAAUCUGUCGAUUUUGGAGACUCUUUUGGCCGAAAUUGCUGCCAGUCGUGGAGAAGAUGGCACUGUAGGGGAAGUUGAUUGGGAGAGCCUGAAGAAAACUCGCACUCCGUACGAAGAGAUGCGUCUAUCACUUGACGUCGGCAGAGUCGACAAUCGAGUGAGAAUCGACCCAUUAAAUCAUGAUGACCUUCCUGCUAGGGUUCAAGAAGAGCUGCGGGACUUUAUGCUGGCGAUUUCAAAUGGUCAUGGUCGAAAUGAAUUCCAUAACUUCCACCAUGCAAGCCAUGCUGCCCACAUUGCUGAUCUACUCCUCCAAAGUCUGGAGACAGAGUCGGAUGAAAAUCGAAAGAUUACGUUCGAUCCACUUGUUCGGUUUGCAGUUGUGCUAUCCGCAUUAGUUCAUGAUGUUGGACACACUGGCGUGCCAAACAGUCGUCUUAAAGUGGAAAAUCCCGAACUCGCAGCCAAGUAUAGCAACAAAAGCAUUGCCGAACAGAAUGCCAUUGAUAUGACCUGGAGAAUUUUCAUGUCCGACGAUUUCCAGAAUCUUCGAGAGUUCAUGUUUGGAUCUUCUGUCGCAGAUUGCAAGAAGCUUCGCGACUUGAUGGUCAACGGAAUAUUGGCCACUGACCUUGAGAAUCCCGUUCUGAAAGCACUGCGAAAGAGGCGUUGGUUUAAGGCUUCGACUUGCAAGUUUACAAAAGCGACACUGAUUAUGGAGCACAUCCUUCAAAUCUCCACUGUGAGUCAUUCUAUUCAGGUAUGGGAAAUCUUUUUGGAAUGGAAUGAAAAGCAGUUUUGGGAAUCCUAUCUUGCCUUUUUGGAGGAACGUUCCAAAAAGGACCCUUCCGAAACCUGGUACGAAGAUCAGCUCAAGUUCUUCGAUGAUUUCGUUCUCCCAUUGACAGAAACUGGAACCGAAACUGGAGUCUGGGAUAUUCUUGGUGAUCAGCUAUUCCAGCAAGCAACUAGGAAUCGCCUGAAGUGGGAACUUGAAGGCAGAAGCAUCUGCGACUCUUUAAUUCAGAAAACCAAAGCCCGUUUCUCAAAGCCAUCCGACGCAACGGCAAGCACAGCUGCAGAGAGCAUCCUGACAUCAACCAUCGUGGAACAGAUCGAGUCGCUUUCGAAAGUUAUCAAGCGAUAUGAGCGGAAGGCAGAAACUGCUUGCGGAAAUCUGAUCACUGUAGCUUACAAUGAUCAUUCCAGCCAGGCAACCAAAGGGCUUCGUACCAAAUCGUGGUCCGAAAUUCAUCAGCAUUUCAAACAACAAGGCUGGUACCGAGUGCACUCAAAAACAACGGAUGACGAUGAUGACAGGCCUGAGAUGUAUUCCAGACCGGUAAAGGAUGGUACUGUCGUUGAUUGCUAA